AUGGAAUAUAAGCGCCACGAAUGGGACACAAAUUCCAUUGCCGACCAUUUUGGAAGAACAAUAUUGCAUGCUGCUGUUGAGGACAAUAAUGUAACACUAGUGAAAACAUUGAUCACUGUUGGUGUUGACAUCAAUUGUUUGGAAGGAUGUGAUGCCUCACCACUAACAUUAGCUGUCAUAAAUAAGAAUGAAGGUAUUGCAAAGAUACUUCAUGAAAAUUUUGCCUUAAGUUCAGGUGCACUUUUUACAUGCAUGCCCAGUCCACUUGAAAUUGCAAAAGUUAUGGAACUUGAUACGAUGGUAAAACUGUUUGAGACUGAUCAGGAUUACAUAGAGGAUAAAAUAUUGCUACAAAGCUUUGAACAAUGUAAACCAGUUGAUAUUUCCGACAGAAUUGAAAUACCAGACGGUGAAAGUCAAGUUUUUAAGUUCAAUCGAUCUGAAUGCAGAUCAUGUCCUACGAUAAUUGUUGGUGACAAUGGGACAAAUAAAAUAUGUAGAAGUGUGAAGAAUUGGGCAUUGUAUGCGUUUAACUGGUGUUCAGAAUUUCCUGGAGACAUGCACACAAAGGGAUACUUGUGUGAAGCAUGUUACAAAGCAAUGGCCGAUGGUGGCUUUCAUCAUGUAAUUCAUACCGUAAUGAAACGACCAAAGCUAACGCGAGAAGCAUUUGGGAAAAGAAAGUUCCAAGACCAAAACUUGGGCCAUAUUAAAGAGGCAGUGCGGGACGGGGGUGUUGCUUUCGGUCUUGCUGCCGUACAAGAAUUUAAGAAGUCUGUGUACUUCCCUACAAAGUCGCAGUUUAUGGAAUCAUUACGUCGUACAGGAUCGCACAAUGAGGCCCUGUUAACAGGUUUCAAGAAAUGGUUGCAAGAUGGAAGUGCAGACGAUGCCUCUUUCAAGUAUAAUACAGACCUCAUCAGCUUAUAUGCACCCUUACUUGAACUCUAUUGCAAUGUUACAAAGUGUUGUGAUGGGCUAGGCAGAGAGGUAGUAUGGUUUCUUCUGUUACCGAUAUUUUGCCAACUUCGCAAAAGAAACUAUUGGACAGAAUCUCUUGUACACAUUGUCAAUUUUACCACCAAAUGGCCUUUAGCUGUGAGAAUGAUGAUGCGACAGAACUGUAGUGGAAGUAUAAAAGGAAACAGGAAUGCCAACAUUGCCCUGGAUGAGUUUGUUGAAACUUACAUAGUACAACCCCUCAAGAAAUAUGAGUCGGGUACGCAAAUAUACAAUAUGCACUGUAUUAUUUCUAAAACUGAAUCAAUUUGAGUAAAAUGAUGAAGUAAGGCUCAUUAGAGCACAAUGCAACUUAACCUGUUAAGUGACAAUGUGCACUGAUACACCCUACUUUAUUACUUUACUGUCAACAGAUGAUUCACUAGUGAAGGGAAGAGUGCUGUCACUCAAUGGGCUAAUGAUAAUUAUACUGUAGCAAAUGUGUACAUGUAAUGUUAUUAAGUAAUUGAUAAGGAUACAACACCUUCAUUAUUACAUGUAUGACCAGAUUAAUCAAUGAAUUAUAAGAAUUAUAAUGACCUACCAAUAUUCUGGGCCGUAACUAGACGCGAUAAUUGGGGCCCCACAUAUUAUUCUGCCGACGGAUUUCUUUUGAAAGCGAUUGUUUUACGUUAUGUGAACAUGAAUACUGGAAUAUUCACCCCACCCCCAAUUAUUGUGUCUAGUUACGGCCCUGCCAAUAUUGCUCCGAUGCAUAUCAAAUGCAACUUUCGGAAUUAAUUUGAUAAACUUUGGAAUUGAAUGUGUUUAUACUACUUUUGCUUACUCUGUUAAAAUGUUGCUAUUGUGACAUGGUAUUUUUGGUCAUAUGUCUUACAUGGUUGUUUCCAUGGCAAGUUUGACUAGAUGCCAAAUUCAAUAUACCCAAUGUUGAAAUAUUCAAACUGGAUUUAUGAAGAACUUGAAAAUUUUAAAACAAUUUUUAACUUAUUUCCUAUUUCCCUUUAACAAGACCAAUAGGAAAUAUUUUAUUCUUGUUUUACAAAUGUUUUAUAUAGGACAUACUACUGUGAAAAUGUGCAGGAGGCUUAUGGCCAAUGUACAAAUUUUUGGACAAGUGAGAACAUUUUUGGACAUGUUUGAUGUUCAUGUGACUACAAAACACAAAGAACAAGACCCACUACCGGAUCAAUUAAAAGGCAUGCAGUUCUGUUUGAAAGAAAAGUUUUUCUCUCCACAAAAGGCAAUAAGUUAUCAACAAAUAUGUUAAUGGAAAAAAGGAUGGUCAUGUAAAGAACAGUCUGGUGGAUGUUUUCUCAAAAGGUGUGAAGAAGGUCCAAGACAACUUUGACCAUAAGAUGUUUGAAUUAUUUCCAGAAUGGAGACUAGGAAAAAGAAGUGAAGGUGAAAACGAAUAA